UUUGUGAAAGCUGUGAUGGAGGAAAAAAGUGGCAUGUCCAACAUCAACCCUAAAUGGAGGAAAGUGAAGGUCACUGUGACCGUGAAGCAAAGUGGUGGUGGACUCCUAACAAAUCUUGUUGAAGGUGGUGUUCAAGGGAUUGAACACUUCAUCGGGAAAACUCUUGUUUUGGAGCUUCUCAGCAAUGAUCUAGAUUCGAAAACAAAGUUAGAGAAAAAGACAAAAAAAGGUGAUGCACAGAAGAGUAAAGAAGAGAAUGAUGAGGUGCAGUAUGAGGCAACGUUUAAGUUAGAAGAAGAGUUCGGGAAAGUGGGCGCUGUUUUGGUUGAAAAUGAACUCAGCAAGGAGAUGUUUUUGAAGAGCAUAGUGUUGGAUGGCUUCCCAGAUGGCCCUUUGCAUGUCACAUGUAAUUCAUGGCUUCAACCAAACCAUCACACUCCUGUCAAGAGAGUAUUCUUUACUGACAAGUCAUAUUUGCCGUCACAAACACCAAGAGGAUUGAGAAGGUUGAGAGAAGAAGCCUUGAAUCAACUAAGAGGAAAUGGAGAAGGAGAACGCAAGAGCUCUGACAAAAUAUACGAUUAUGAUGUCUACAAUGAUCUUGCAGAUCCUGAUUCUAACCUUAACCUCAAAAGACCUGUUCUUGGUGCCUCCAAACAAUAUCCAUAUCCAAGAAGGUGUCGAACUGGUCGAAAGCACACUGAUUCAGACCCAUCUACUGAGAAGAGAAGUUCAAGCUUCUACGUUCCUCGUGACGAUGCAUUUUCUGAUACAAAAGAGUCACAGUUCACAAUGAACACAAUAAGCUCAGGAAUCAGUGCAGUUUUAGAAUCCUUAGAUGCAAUUCUCACUGACCAAGAUCUUGGAUUUCGAAGCUUCGAAGACAUAGACACGAUCUACAAAGAAGGUUUUCACUUGCCAGCUCUUAAAGACAGUGGUCUAAAUUUCCUCCAAAGUUUAAUUCCCAGGUUGAUCAAGGUUGCUAAUGAUAGCCAGAACCUUCUGCGCUUUGAUACCCCAGAAACAGUUAAAAGGGACAGAUUCUUUUGGUUUUCAGAUGAGGAGUUUGCUAGGGAGACUUUGGCUGGAGCGAACCCACAAAACAUCCGAUUGGUCAAGGAAUGGCCUCUGAGAAGUAAACAUGAAUCCCAAAUCUAUGGUCCACCAGAAUCAGCUUUCACUGCAGAAGUCAUAGAGCCACAAAUAAUUGGUUAUGGCACAAUAGAAGAGGCCAUUAGAGAGAAGAAGUUGUACAUGUUAGACUAUCAUGAUUUAUUCUUACCAUACGUAAGCAAAGUGAGAGAGAUUGAGGGAACCACGCUCUAUGGGUCAAGGACGCUAUUCUUCCUCACCAAACAAGGCACAUUGAAGCCACUGGCUAUUGAACUCACAAGGCCACCUAUGGAUGGUAAGCCACAAUGGAAGCAAGUCUUCACACCUGCUUCUCAUUCAAUUUCUCAUUCAACCAAUCUCUGGCUUUGGAGGCUUGCCAAAGCUCAUGUUCUUGCUCAUGAUGCUGGUACUCAUGAACUUCUAAAUCAUUGGUUAAGAGCUCAUGCUGUCAUGGAACCAUUUGUCAUUGCAACAAAUAGGCAACUUAGCGCCAUGCAUCCAAUAUACAAAUUACUGCAUCCACAUCUGAGAUAUACUCUUACUAUCAAUGCAUUUGCUCGUGAAAUUCUUAUAAAUGCAAAUGGGAUCAUUGAAAAAUCAUUUUCACCUAACAAAUACUCAAUGGAGUUAAGCUCGGUAGCAUAUGAUCAACUUUGGCAGUUCGAUUUGCAAGCACUUCCUAACGAUCUUAUUGAUAGAGGAAUGGCAGAAGUAGACCCUAAUGCACCACAUGGCCUAAAGCUAACAAUUGAAGACUACCCUUUUGCUAAUGAUGGUCUUCUUAUAUGGGAUGCCAUCAAACAGUGGGUCAGUGACUAUGUCAACCAUUACUAUCCAACCCCAAGCAUCAUACAAUCCGACCAAGAGCUCCAAGCAUGGUGGACAGAAAUUAGGACAGUUGGUCAUGGAGACAAAUCUGAGGAACCAUGGUGGCCUAAUCUUAAAACACCAGAAGACCUUAUUGACAUCAUCACCACCAUAGCUUGGAUAGCAUCUGCUCAUCAUGCAGCUGUGAACUUUGGCCAAUAUACUUAUGCGGGCUAUUUUCCUAAUCGACCUAAUAUUAUAAGAAACAAAAUGCCAACAGAAGACCCUACAAAGGAAGAGUGGGAAAAUUUUCUAAACAAACCUGAGCAAACUCUUUUGGAGAGUUUUCCAUCACAAAUCCAAGCAACAACAAUGAUGUUAGUUUUUAACGUAUUAUCAUACCAUUCCACAGAUGAAGAAUAUAUUGGGCAAUUCAUGAAUCCAUCAUGGGCUCAGGACCCAACCAUAAAGGCUGCCUUUGAAAGGUUCAAUAGGAGACUGAAGGAAAUCGAAGGCAUCAUAGACUCAAGAAAUAAAGAUAGCAAUUUGAAAAAUAGACAUGGUGUUGGAGUAGUACCUUAUGAGCUAUUGAAACCAUUUUCAGAAUCUGGACUCACUGCGAAAGGAAUUCCUUAUAGUGUAUCCAUUUAAAGAAUAGUACUCUUAAAUGUAUUAGUGAUUAAAUUUUCUUCUUACUAUUUGUGGUCUUGUAUAGAAAACGUUUUAACUUUAGUUUUCCUUUCCUACAUUUUAGCGUGCAAGAUUUGUAGUACAUUAUGGCCCACGUCAAACUUUCAUAAUAGUUUGAAAUAAACAUUUGAUCUUCUUAAAAA